AUGUCUAAUAACUCAUGUAUUCCAUGCUCAUUUUCUCAAUUUCAGGAUGCCAUUAAUAUUAUUUGGUCUUUGAAUGAAAAUAACUUUGAUUUAGUGAUCAAAAAAACAAUAGAACACCUCGACAAUAAAGUUGUUAAUUCAAUUGACGUUUUUAAUGCAUUAAUCAGCUUGUACCAUGUAAAGAUCCAUCUUUUACAGUCUAUAUUCAAUGUUAUAUCUCACAUUUCCAAAAUCUUUGAAAUGAAAAAUUUAAAUCUCAAUAUUGAAGACUCCCCAUUAAAAAGCAUGCUUAUCCAAGCCAAUAUAUUAGAAAGCACAAAUAAUGAUGAAUACCACACUCUUAGAGACUUCAAAAUGAGCAUUCCAUCGCUUAAUCCAAUCAAUUUUUCAUUAAUCAACGAUGAUUUCUUACAAUUCAUAAAAUACACAGAUGACGUUUCAAACUACGAUUCUCAGUUAGUGAAUGUGCAAUAUGAAAAGAACCCUUACUUAUCUCUGCUUGAUGCAGCUGCGUUUUAUGGUUCCUUUAAAAUUUUUACAUAUCUUUUCAAACCAUUUAGAAUUACAAAACAAACAUUUUGUUUGGCAUGCUUUGGAGGUAACAUAAACAUUGUGCGCCUUCUAUUAGAACACAAAAACAAAUUUUCUAUUGAUUCAAAUUGUAUCGAAAAUGCAAUAAUUAAUCAUCAUGAUAAUGUUGCAGAUUAUUUACUUUCAAAAUUUAACCUUACUUAUUCAUGGUCUUCUACAUUAUCGACAAAUAAUUUAUAUUUCUUCUUCAAGAAAUUGAGAGAAUCAAAUAAUAUAAAUGAAUUUGAUGACAAUGAUGAAAAUGCUAUUCUUUGCUGCGCAAGAUACGAUAAUAAAAAUUUAAUGAAAUAUUUAAUUUCUAUUGGUGCAAACAUUGAAUCAGUGGAUAAGUCAAAGAGAACACCACUUAUAGUAGCCGCAGACGUGGGUAAUUAUAAGAUAAUCAAAUGCCUACUAAAGAAUGGAGCAAAUAUCAAUAAAAAGACGGCAUCUGGAUCAACAGCACUUCUGAGAAGCUGCUAUUCAGGAAAUGUAAACUGUUGCAAAAUAUUACUUGAGAAAGGUGCCAACACAGAAAUUAAAAAUGAUUAUGGAAUGACACCUUUGCUUAUUGCAUGUUCUCAUAAUUAUGAAGAUAUAAUAGAGAUGCUUCUCAACUAUAAUGCAUGUUUUGUUACUGUGGAUAACGGUGGAAGGAAUUGUUUGGAAAUUUGCAUUAAAAAUAAUAAUUUAAAGUGCUUGCAAGCGUUACUUAACCACAAAGCAAAUCCAAAUAUUGCCAAUUCAAAUGGUUUAACGCCUUUACAACUUGCUGCAAAACUUGGAAAUUCCAACAUUGUAAAAGCUCUUCUAAAGUCAAAGGCAAAUCCAUAUACAAAGGAUCCAAAUGGGAAAACCGCCAGAGAAAUUGCAGAUGAACUCGGUUUUGAUCACAUUGUUCAUGUUUUAGAUCAUGAAACCAAAAAUAUUUGCCUAGUUCAAAAAUUAAGGAUAUCUUCAUCAUUCAGAAACUUAUACGACUUUAAUAACUAUUUUUUAUCAGAAAUUGUUUAA